CACAAUUCUUGUAGCUCUCCAUGUAAGAGUGGAAUGGGGAUAUCUUAUUUUUUAGAUUUCUUUGGAAUGAGCAUAAUGUUAGUUUUGGACACCAUUGUAGAUAGUCAACAUCCUUCUACAUCUAUAGGAAUCCCCCCUACAUAGAUGUAGUUUAAGGACUCUCAUAGAACCGUGUAAAACACAACUGACCCCCUCUCCCACAUCCAUCUGCAAGAGCGAGAAUAUGGAGUUCCUAAAGCUAUUCAUGACCAUUUGCCACAAAAGACCGAAGAUUUUGUAGAAGGAAAGUUACUAAUGAGAGGUUGUGGGCAAUUAAAAGAGAGGCACGUGAGGGUUAAAAUAGACCUUUCAAUUGGAGAAAAAUUCAGGCCUUGUGCAGAAAAAGGCGGCAGACGUGCGAGAAUCCCAUAACAAACAGCCUUUCCAAAGAUAGGCGAUUGAAAUUUGGUAGGUUCCAUUCUGUAAAUUUCUGAUUCAGAAUAUUGAAAUGGAAAGAAGGCAUACAAGGUCUUGUGCAAAAAAAGCAGAGGGUACCACGGAGAGGAUGAACUGUGAAGUGAUGAACAUCCCUGGUGCUGGCGCUGGAAGUGGAGGUGGAGAUGUCGAUUUUGGGACAUGCACGGACGAAGGUAUUGGAGUUCAGAACUUGGUGCCGGAAGGGACUGAAGAACACGCCGGUGCAUCGAAAGUGGAAUUGUUAGUUCAGAAAGUUGCAAAUUUGAAUAAAAGAAAAAGAAUUGGAAAAGAAAAAGACUAUGAAAAGGAUAUGGAUUGUGGCACAGACAGUGAUGAUGAUUUUGUAUCCACAAAAGAGGAUAGGAAAGUGCUAAGAAGAUGUGAUGCUAGUAACAUUGAUGUGAGCAGAAAAAGAGUGAUGGAGACAGAGCUGAAUGUCCUUCAAACAAGAUCUUCUCCACGUCUACUUGUGAGAGCAAUAAAAGCAAUGAACAAUGCUCAAAAGAAAGCAGUCCAAGAAAUUGGAUUUGGUGGCUUGCUCAAUCUGGAGAUUUCACAGUUGCCUUCCAAAAUGGCGUUCUGGGUUGUGGAGAAUUUCAACCCAAGAAACUGCACUCUAAGGCUACAAGAGGGACACAACGUGCAUAUUUCAGAUGAAGAUGUAGCACGUGUAUUCGGUUUACCAAUGGGAGCAACGCAGAUUGUGCCACAAGAAAACCACGAACCAUGCAACAUUCUGAAGGAGUGGAGGGCGAUGUUUAAGAAAGGUGGGAGGAAAAUUACACCGGCUGAUAUAAGUGAUGCCAUGCUUUUGUGUGAGGAAGGUGAUAUAUGGUUUGUGAGGCAUUUUGUGGUGUUAGUUGUGACUGUAAUUUUUGACAGUGGUGCAAAUGGAUAUGCACACCCGUUGAUAAUGAACAACCUGGAAAAUGAGAGCAAGAUAAAGGGGCUGAAUUGGUGUCGUUACGUAAUAUCAUGCCUGAUAGAGAAUAAAUUGAGUUGGGAGAAGAACAAGAAAACAGCAUUCAACGGUCCUUUGCUAUUUCUAAUGAUGGUGUAUGUUGAUAGAGUCGUGCUCUAUCAAAGAACUAUUGAAAGAAAGCUACCUGUCAUCAUCGGAUGGAAUGCACACAUGUUGAGAGAAAGAGAAAAUGCUGAGAUCGAAGCUGGUGGUUUUGGGUCAGGGUAUGUAGAUGAUCCAUUGCAGCUGAUUGGGAGUGAUGAUUCAGGGAUCGGUGAUGAUGAACCUAAGGUGCAUGUGCGGAUGUUUGCAGAAAAAUCAAGCUGUAUAGCUGAGCUUGUGAAUGACAUAAUAACAAUUGCCAAUGAAGAUCCAGCUUGCAUAAUGGAGAAGGAGAGUAUGAAUAAACUCCAGGAGGCAGGAGAAAAACUGAUUGCUUUUGCCAAAAAAAAGGAUACAACACAACAACAGAUGGAGAAUGAUGCAAUCAGUGAAGAGCAUGGUGGAAAUGGUGUAGAGAUUGAUGAUGAUGUGUUCUGGAGUCACCCAACCACUCUUGCCAUACUAGAAAAGGCUGAGAAAAAUGGGGUGAAGGUAGGAAUGACCAAUAAGAAUACAUCACCAUUACCAUCAUUCUCUAUUGGACUGACACAACAAGAGAGAGAUGCAGAUUUGGAAAGACAACGUCCGAAAGAGAUGGGAGGACCAUUAAAUACAAAUAAAGAAGGCUUUGAAGAUAGAGUGUGCACUGAAGAGGAUGAAACUGAGGAAGUGCAUAUUGGUAAAGAGGAGGGUGCAUAUAGAUUAGCUCUGGUGUUGAGAGGAAAUGUGCAGAAUAAUGUAGACAUUACAGCUACCAGGGAAAAGCGACAACAAAAAAUGGCUGAGGUGUUAAAGUCACCAUACUUGUUAAGAGCAAUAGAUCAUGUUCAAAUGUGCACAUCAAUGGAGAAAAGCGUAAUGGCAUGGUUGCUGAACAGGAGCAAAUACUUUUUAAAUAUGAAGAAUUUGAGGUUACAAUGAAAGAGAUGUGGUCGUUGCGUGAAAACCAACAUAUAAGCGCAUAUGUUUUGGAUGUGUGGUCCACGAUGCUUAAUGCUAGGGAAUGUUUGAGGAGCAGUGAUUCACCGUGCCGAAUAUUUGCAAGAACUAUUGAUUGCGUGCAUAGCUUUGUGGGUGAACCAACACCUAAGAAAGAUAGACCUCAUAUAUUCAAUGCAGCUGUGGAGUUUGGUUUGGCAGCAUUAUCGGCAGAAAUAACCAUAGACCAUGUCGAGUUGUUUUUCUUCCCGAUUAUGAAACCACGGCAUUGCUAUGUUAUAUGUUUCAACCUGAUGACUCAACAGUGGGAAAUUCUUGAUGCAUCAAUGUCUACACUGAAGGUUGCUGAUAAGUACGGUCAAAAGCCUAGCAUUGUGAAAGACAUGUUUGUGCACUACAUUACUGUCAACGGAUUGGGUAAGAAGGUGAAGGGGCUGAAAAAAGCAAAAGUGAACAAAGUUUUGAUGAAUUGGCAUCAUGAAAACAAUGAGUUCGAAUACGGUGUGCUCACAAUGAGGCUAAUGGAGACAUAUAUGGGCCAAGGCACUAAAGGUUGGGACACGGGAAUGAAAAAGGGAGACAAGAAGAUUAUUGAUGCAUUAAGGGUUAAAUAUUGUGCCGUGAUUCUUUCAGCGGAGUGCAAUGAGAUGAAGAAAAAGAAUGAGGAAGAGGUUAUGGAGUAUGCAAAAGUGAAGAAGCUCAACAAAUGGAAAACAAAGAAGUGAAGUGAGGUGUUUGAAAAACAUUACUACAUUUGAUUGUGAAAUUUCUUAAUUCCAAGAUUCGGGUUUUGUUUGUCAUGUUUUAUUUGAAAGUUAAAACGUUGUUAUUUUGCAUGGGUUUAAUGACUGUUAUUUUAUUGAAAUUACUCGGUGUUUUUGCAUGGGUUUAAUAUCUUUGUUAUUUUAUUGAAAUUAUUAAUGUUUGAUAAA